AUGACUAAACUAGGCGUGACGCCAGGCGUCCACGAGCCGGCGAAUGUCGACGAAAAGGAGAAGGAGGUCGAGACCGAGAAGAUCAAGAUCGACCCCAAGGUGAUUCUAAAAAUAGUUCAUUAAUGAUGGGUAGAAGAAAUUUCCAUGUUGGGCUUACUUUUGCUUCUUUGACUUCAUUUUUCUAACCUGGCCAGGUUUUUUUUUUCAAACUUUAUUAAUGAGAAAAAGAAAAUUUUUGAUUUUCCAAUGUUUUUCAAGAAAAGAUUUCAAAAAAUAGUCUAUAUGAAAAUGGGUUUAGAAAUCUGUUAAUAGAGUUGGUUCACAAAAUCUUUUAGAGUAGUUACAAAACCCUGUAAAACUAGAAAAAAGACAACGCGAAAAGAUUUUUAUUUUUUGGCCAAACUAUGCCUUUCCUAGGAAAAAUCCACGUUCUAAAAAAACUGUUUAACAUUAAGUCGAGCUUCACAAGUUGUGAACUAUAGUCAAGUUUCAAAAAAUCAUCAACUGUUUGUUCAGGUGUUCACAGUUCUUCAGCCUACCGUAAUCCCGAUGCCGGCUCUGCCCAAAGCGGCACCAAAGACGCCGUGCGCGAUGGUCUGCAAGGCUCUGAUUGUGUUCCUGCUCUUCACUUGCUGCUUCACCGCCGGCCUGGUCCUCAUCUACGGCUUCGACAACCUCGUCAGCCAGCCCCCGACGUCAACAGAAGCACCGAAAGCGUUGGAUGACGUCGUCGUCUUGUCGCUGCCGCUAAACAGAGUCGUCGAGAAGGCCGAGGAGCCUCGGAAAGUCGUCGACGGCUCCGUUGAGGACAAAAACGAGGAAGAUCGACCUCUUCAUCCGUUUGAAGUUGAGGUAGAGAUUCUGUUUUUUUGUGCCUAUCUUGUUCGCGGCUAUUCCUUCCGGUGUUCUCUGUUAUCCACCAUAACCAAAUCUCUCAUCUGAAACAAACAACAACAUUUGCAGCCACAAACGUCGCCUUUCGAAGAAGUCAACGUGGCGUGGCAACGACAAAUGGAAGCACGCAUGAUGGCCCAAGCCAUGGUUUGUUUACCGAAGAAGGCUUUCGAAACCAAACUUCUCUGUUCAGGCGAUGCGUCUUUGGCGUCUUCGCCGAAUUCAGCAGGCCAUGAUGGAGCAGAGAAUGAUGAAGGAGGCCAUGAUGCGCGCCGCUUUCUUCCAGGUUUUUCUUGAAAACAGGGGAGAUAGGAAGUCAGAUGGUUCAGCAACAACAAGCUCAGGAGGAGUUCGCUCGACGACAAUGGGCUCAGGCUCAGUUUGAAAGAGCUCAGUGGGAACAGGCUCAGGUCAGACUUGAAGUCUAGCUUUUGAAGUGAUGAUUUCCGGAAAGAUAUGAAGAUUUCUUUUUCAAAAGUUCAACAUGAAGAAACUAUUUCUAAAACUUUUCGGGGUCUUUAAAUUAGCAUAGACAAACUUCGAAUUUCCUUAAAGCUUCCCCUCAAUAUUUCUAGAUUUUCAAGCUGAACCAACCUUCUUGCAGGUCGCCCAGCAGCGUCAGAUGCAGGCCCAGCAGCAAUGGCAGCAGCAGCAGCAGUGGGAGCAGUCUCAGGCCGAACUCGCCGAGGCUCACGCUCGUGCUCAAUGGCAACACCAGGCUCAGUUCUGGCCUCGUCCCAUGCAAGUUCUCAACCGACCUGACGUCAACGGCAACAACUGGUUCCACCAACAGCCUUUCCAACAGCCCAGACCCACUUUCUGGCAGGUACGCACUCUUCUUGACGAAUCAGAAUGAUCAAGUUGAUUUUUUUCAGCAGCCGCCACAGAACAACUUCUUCCCACAGCAGCAACCUCAACAGCAACCUCAACAGCAGCCUCAGGACGCUUUUCCAGUCGCUCCUCAACAGAACCAGGUAAAAUUAUCAAUAGGUGUUCUAGGUGGCUUGUUUUGAUGGAACUUAAAAUGGAACGAAAAACCCUUCUCUUGAAAAUUGAUGUCUCUCAUGAUUUUGAAUUGCAGCCCUUGAGACCCCACGACGCCUCGCCCCAGGAGAUCAUCGACAACAUGAAGCCUCCGAUGCCGGCCCCACAGGACCGCAUCUACGAGCAGCUCCAGCGCAAGUCCCAGAACAUUGAGUUCAACGCUCCGACUCACCAGAUCUGUGAGCUGGACGAGCUCUUUCGUGUCAAUACUUUUGAGUCUAGGGACCGCCAUCACUCCAUCGCCCGCCGCGAUCGCUGAGGACAAGAAGAAAGAAGCCGAAACCGCGGCCAAGAACCAGGAGAAGGACAUCACCGACGCCUUGCUCCGCGACAUCUUCUCCGCCUUCGACGAGCAGAAGAAUAUUCAGGUAUUGCACUUUUUCACAAAGAAAAGGUCUCUGAGUUGGAAGCUUCAUAUUUACAUGUAAACUAGAAUAUCACCUGCUUGAUCAAAAAUAUAGGGUUUUCUAGGCUUUCAUAACAUUUUUUAUUUGAAGAGUAUUUUUGGAGCGUAAAACUGUAUCUUUUUUUAAUUCAAAAUUCCCUGCCUUGAGUUUAUUACAUCUCUUUUUAUUUUUAUUUUUUGUAGCUUGAAUCCCUCACACUUCUCUAAUUUUCAGGCUCAAAACGCCUUCAAGCCAUUUGAAGCUGAGAAGCCAGUAGAGGUAAGAAAAACCUAGAGUUCUUAUUCCUAAAAAUAUAUUUCAGACGACAACUGCCAAUGUUUUCAAGAACUUCGAAGGAGAGCAACCUGUUGAGGUAAUCAUUGAGGAUCCUGAAAAUAUUAGAGAAGAUCUUCCAGACCACAACUCAGAACGCCUUCAAGCCUUUCGAUGAGCAGAAGCCCGUUGAGGUAAGAUUAAGAAACAAGGUUCCGAAAAAUGAAAUAAAAAGUUUCAGACUUCUACCGAAAGCGUCUUCAAGCCAUUCGAAGGAGAAGCUCAGAAAGUUGAACAGGUAUGAAUAAAUCUAAAAUCUUCCAAAUUUCCUCAUUUUCAGCCAAAUGUCUUCAAAUCUUUCGAAGAGCCCAAGGAGACGUCACCAGCUCCGGCGGAGACUCCGAAGACUGCUGACGAUGACGAAUUCGCCGGCGCGGUCGUCGUCGAGGACAGCUUCCCAAGGAUCGAGGCCAGAACCACGACUCCUGAACCGAAGGCCGCUGCCGCCUCGGCCGAACACGCCGACGACGACGCCGACGAAGACCACGAACGCGAGUUGGACCCUUUCACCGCCGUUCUGAAGUCAGUAUCGUUCACCUCAUUUCAUCUUUCAUUUCUGAACUUGCAGGUACUUUGAGCACGAAGCGAAGCCCGUCGAACGGCCACACUCCAACGAAGAGCCUUCCGACCCGAUCGUCUAA